CGAACGAAAAGCAAUAAUACAUUAGGCAUAUAAACAUAUUAUAGUGUGUACGGUAUACAUUAAUAUAAUAACCAAUAUAGACAGCAUUUGCAGAGCGAUAAUCGAUUAGUGCUCAAGUCAGUGUUCAGAUCUGAUUUUUUUUUUUUUAUAUUUUAUUAUAUAAUAAGAGAAUUUUUUUUCUCACUUCACCCCGACCGCGGUUUUACUCCAUCACCAUGCCCCGAUACUACGCGGUGAAGAAACUGGGACCAAAACUGCUGUUACACCAACAACAGCAGAACCAGCCACAGCAGCAGCAACAGCAGCAGCAAAUAAUAAUCCUACAACAGCAACAGCACCAGGCGGCCAUGGACGAGCUGGACGACGACGAAGGAUGUUGCAGUUCCCGAUCCGGUACAGAGUCUCCGCCACCAUUCACCGAUCCCACCUCGGUGAAACUGUACAAGCCUCUGGAAUCCGUCACCAUGUCCAAACACAAAGAUUACUUGAAGUAUUGUUACGAUCUGGAACAAAAACAAAACUUGUUCAGGGAGCGAAGCAAAGAAGAAACAGAAGCCGCUCAUGACUUGCUCGAACUCUCCAGAUCGUUACCACCACUGCCACCACCAAGCACGGUGACCGUCGCCGCGCCCACCCCUCCCGAGACACCCCUGAGCUCGGGGGUGGGCGAUGGGUGCCCGGCUUCGCCGCAGUUCGUCUACGUGUCCGCCGCGGUAUCCGCCGCACCGCUUACACCACCCGCUUCAGAGUACUCGUCGGAUGCGGAGAAUACGCCAGCGGACGCGGGUGGCGGUACCGCGAACGCACAGGCUGUCGUGGUGGCCACGGCCACAGCCACCACCACCGUCUACAGCCUGAUCGAUUACGUCAUCGAGAGGGGUGACGGUGGCACGUUCGACCCGUUGCUGACCAGAGACUUGAACGUCAAGGCCGGCAGGACGACAACGACGACCGCGGAACACCGCCGGUCGACUUCCACUACCACCACAACCACAACCACCCAGGUCGUGGUCGGAUGCAGUACCGGGAACAAAGCCCGUUACACGUGCACCGACUGCGGAAAGCACUACGCGACGUCGUCGAACCUGUCGCGGCACAAGCAGACGCACCGGAGCCUGGACUCGCAGUCGGCCAAGCGGUGCAACGCGUGCGGCAAGGCGUACGUCAGCAUGCCCGCCCUAGCCAUGCACCUGCUCACGCACAAGCUGUCGCACGCAUGCGGCGUGUGCGGCAAGAUGUUCAGCCGGCCAUGGCUGCUGCAAGGCCACCUGCGAUCGCACACCGGCGAGAAACCGUACUCGUGUGCGCAGUGCGGCAAAGCGUUCGCGGACCGGUCCAACCUGCGCGCGCACAUGAUGACCCACUCGGGCGACAAGAACUUUUCGUGCCACUGGUGCCGCAAGUCGUUCGCGCUCAAGUCGUACCUGAACAAGCACCUGGAGGCGGGCUGCGCGCCGGCCGCCGCUGCCUCGUCUCCGCCGUCGCCGUCGUCGCCACGGCAGCCGCAGCAGCCAGACGACCGGGAAACGGCCACCCGGGGCGGAUAACGUCGUCAAGCGGCGCCGCAGCAGCAGACGCCCCGGCGGACGUCGGUCAUACGGUUCGCCGCCGCCACUGCAGCCGCCGAUGCCGCCGAUGACAUCAUAGUGUUGUCGGACUAAUAACGAACGACGGCUUAGUAGUACGUCGACGGUCGACGCAGCCGCCUCCGCCGCCGAAGUAACAUUUUUUUUUAAAAAAAAUAUCAUAAAGGUUUUUUGAUUAAUUUUUUUUUUUAUUCAUCACCCCCCGAAAGACACGGAACAGACAACUGUGACACCAAAUAUAAAAUAAUCAUAUUAUUAUUUUUAUUAUUGUAUUAGUGGUACAACUAUGGUAUAAUAUUGUUGUAUUUAGUUUUUAAUAUCGAUAUCGGUACGUUUAUUAUAAUAUACAAUUAAGGACAUAUAGGUAUUUAAGGAUAGGUUUUACGUAUUUUUUACUAUACAUUAUAGCUGAUAGCAGUAUUAUCGCCUAGUCAUUAAGAUAACGCAAUAUUAUUAUUAUUAUUAUUAUAAUCAUCAUCAUCACCACCACCACCAUAACCACAACCACAGCCUGUGCCUAGCAGUUGUGCCUCUAAGCGCGCGCAAUUUAUUUACCGGUACACCUAUAUCAUAACAAUAUUGUUAUAAUAUAUAUAUAUAAUAUAGGUAGUGUGUUCUGAAACGAGCAAUAAUAUUAUUAAUGUUAUAUAUACAUUAAAAACAGUUUUAGGCUGAUAUUAUAUUUUUAGAGAAUCUUUUUUUUUAUCGUCAUAUCGAUUAUUAUAAUAUAUAUAUAUAUAUUAUAUUUAUAUUUAGCGAUCCUCGUCGAGGUAUGUAUGUUUAAUGCGGAUUUUUUUUUCUACGACAAUUUUUACGGUUUGACCAUAUAAUAUUGUUAUAAUACUCGUAUAUCAUUAAAUCGAUAUUACGAUAAUAAUAUUAUUAUUAUUGCGUCCGUUCGACAGUGGUUGCGUUCGACCGACAAUAAUAAUGAUAUAAUAAAUAACGAUAAACGGUUUUAAUUUACGUUUUUUUUUAACAAUAUCAUAUUAUGCUUUUCGAGCCGUUUUUGGAUUUUGACUAUUGGGCGGGUAUUAUAUUUUGAUGAUUGAACAAUAUUGUAUGAUAUUCAGGAAAAUAUUUGCUCAAAUAUUGCAAGGUGAACAUACGUAAUAAAAAUAUAUCAUGUUUUUUCUCAUUUUACUUUUUUAUACAAACCUACAUAUUUAUAUGUAUAUAUAUAUAUAUUAUAUAUAUGUAUAAUGCGCGAUGAAUGUUUAAAAUCCGUUCGGUGUAAUAUAUUGUUGUGUAUUGCUCGAUAGUUGAAAAUUGAAAUCCAACGGAGAAGUUUUAUAGAAUAAUUGUACUCUCACACGCGGAAAAAGUAUAAUAUAUUUUAAGCAAGUCGUAGUAUUUCGAUAAAAUGUCCAUAGUAUGAUAUAAUAAUAUUAUUACCAUAUACCAUUAUCAUCAUCAUACCACUCGGCGGGUAUCAAUUUCACAAAAAAAAACCAACAAAAAAUUAUGUACAAAUAUUUCAUUAGGGUAUAUCAUUAUUACUAAACAUUAUAUUGUAUGAACACAACAAAAUAGGAUUGAAUAACACAUUAGCAGGCUGUGAUUUUAAAAUUUAAACUGACUGUUUGAACGAUUUUCGUGCUAUAUCGAAAGCGGUUUCAAUUUGAUUUUGACACAAAAGUUUCCGGGACAAAAAAAAAAAA